AUGGCUAAAAAUUCUAGAAAUAAUGAAUCUAUUUCACAUAAAUAUACUUCAUUUGGACUAAAAAAGUCCAAAGACGAAGAUAAUUAUACAGAAGACGACCUGAUGAACGCACCACUAUUAUCGGAUAACUCUGGUAUUGAAGGAAUUUCAGUGAUUGAUGAAGCAUCCAACGAUGAGGAUUUUGACAAACUCUUAGGAAUGAGAAUGCCACAUGAAGGUGGAUCUGUGUUCUCUAGUUUUUUAAAUAUGGCAAAUAGUAUUAUUGGCGCUGGUCUUCCGUAUUCUUUCCUAGAAGCUGGGAUAUUUACAGGGAUGAUAUUAUUGGUUGUUCUUACUAUAGUAGUAGAUUGGACAAUUAGACUUUUAGUACUUAAUUCAAAACUAUCUGGAAGAAGUUCUUAUCAAGAUAUAAUGCACUUUUGUUUUGGAAAAAGUGGGCUGAUAGCCAUAUCAUUAUUCCAAUUUGUAUUCGCAUUUGGAGACAUUUCCAAAUUGGCAAAAGCAAGUGGUUUGGCCUUGAUUUCUAUGGUUAUUAUUGUAGUUGCUGUUUCUAUAGAGGGUCCUUUAGUAGACCCGUCUCUAAGAGGCAUGGAGGAAGGAAAAUGGGAUUUUAUACGUCCGGGAGUUUUUCAGCCCACUAUGAAUCGGUUUGCUGCAGUUACUCAUUUAUCAACUUUCAUAUCCAUGGCAGCAUGCAUGUUAAUGGCAUUAACCGGAUAUUUAGUAUUCACUAAUAAAACACAAGGUAACAUUCUGAACAACUUUCCAGGAAAUGAUGUUAUUAUAAACAUAGCUCGCUUUUGUUUUGGAUUCAAUAUGUUUACUACAUUACCUUUAGAAUUGUUUGUGUGCAGAGAGGUGAUCAAUAACUAUUAUUUUGCUGAUGAACAAUUUACUUGGAUACGACAUGUAACUAUAACCACUAUUCUUGUUGGAAGUGCUAUGGCCAUUUCUCUCUUGACAGACUCUCUUGGUAUAGUACUUGAGCUUACGGGUGGAUUUUCUGCAACAGCAUUAGCUUAUAUUCUACCUCCAGCUUGCUAUUUAAAAUUAUCUUCAGGCGAAUUAUUGACAUUAAAUAAAUUGCCUGCAAUAUUGUGUGUGAUUUUUGGUGUUUUGGUGAUGGUGUUGAGCACUACAUUGAGCAUUACACAAGUUAUAAGUGGAUGGACGAAAUAA